UGCAUCUCUCCCCCCACCCCACCCCACGUUUGGAGGCGGUGGCUGUAUAAGUGCUCCCCCCUCCCCGGCACCUGGGACCCGCAGAUGCAAAUCACACGCUCCUCUCCUCUCUCCCUCUAGAAGUUGUAGCCACCAAGUUUUAAAGUCUUUAAAGAAUAAGCGAGGAGGAGGAAGGAGAGAAGGAAAGUGAGAGCCAGUGUGUGCGGGAGCCAAAGAGAGACAGAAGAACACCCCGUGCCGAGCGAGCGCCUGGGUACAUCCGCCACUCACUCCUCCUCCCAAAGUGAAGCAGCAACUUUACAACUGAUUUGCACCUGUUUGAACAGCUCCAGCUAGAGAGGCUACAGCAGCAGCGGCAGGAGCAGCAGCAGCAGCAGCAGCAGGAGCAAAGACACACCACCCCUGAGCCAAGCGAUUUUUGCACGAGGAAAAAGUUUUCACCUGUAAUCCUGAUAGCCACUGCGUGUGUGCUUGGUUUUUCUUUUGUUUCGUUUUUGUUGAGUUUUUUCCCUUCUCUAAAUUUUCUCAUUAUUAACCAUAGGAUCUUUAAAUUUUUUUUUUUGACAUCUCUCUCCAUUUUUGAUCGUCUCUCUGUCUUCCUGGUCCUCUAUGCUUCACGCCUUUUUCGUCUGGUGCUGGUGAACACUAAAAGCCGCUUGAAUGUACAGCAUGAUGAUGGAAACGGACUUGCAUUCCCCCGGUGGGGCCCAGGCCCCCACGAACCUAACGGGCCAGACCGGGGCUGGCGGAGGAGGCGGGGGAGGUGGCGGCGGCGGCGGCGGAGGAGGAGGAGGCAGCAACAAAGCCAACCAGGACCGGGUCAAGCGGCCUAUGAACGCUUUCAUGGUGUGGUCCCGGGGCCAGAGGCGCAAGAUGGCCCAGGAAAACCCCAAAAUGCACAACUCGGAGAUCAGCAAAAGACUGGGGGCCGAGUGGAAAGUCAUGUCCGAGGCAGAGAAGCGCCCUUUCAUCGACGAGGCGAAGCGUCUUCGGGCUCUGCACAUGAAAGAGCACCCGGAUUAUAAAUACCGGCCCCGGCGAAAAACCAAGACCCUGCUCAAGAAGGACAAGUACUCGUUGGCCGGGGGCUUGCUGACUGCUGGCGCUGGAGGCGGAGGCCCGGCCGUCGGGGUAGGCAUGGGAGUGGGAGUGAGCCCGGCCGGUGUGGGCCAGCGUCUGGAGAGUCCUGGAGGCACGGCGAGCGGGGGCUAUGCGCACAUGAACGGCUGGGCCAACGGAGCCUAUCCGGGCUCCGUGGCAGCGGCAGCUGCCGCUGCAGCGAUGAUGCAGGAAGCGCAGCUCGCCUACAGCCAGCACCCGGGCGCCGGGGGAGCGCACCAUCACCCACACGCGCACCCCCACCACCCCCACCACCCGCACAACCCGCAGCCUAUGCACCGCUACGACAUGGGCGCACUCCAAUACAGUCCCAUUUCCAACUCGCAGGGCUACAUGAGCGCCUCGCCCUCGGGCUACGGGGGCCUUUCCUACGGCGCCGCGGCUGCCGCAGCCGCUGCCGCGGGCGGCCCACACCAGAACUCUGCCGUGGCGGCGGCGGCAGCCGCAGCGGCCGCGUCGUCAGGCGCCUUGGGCGCGCUGGGCUCUCUGGUCAAGUCUGAGCCUAGCGUCAGCCCUCCGGUCACCUCUCACUCGCGGGCUCCCUGCCCCGGGGACCUGCGCGAGAUGAUAAGCAUGUACUUACCCGCCGGGGAAGGAGGGGACCCCGCGGCCGCAUCGGCUGCAGCGGCAGCUGCGGCGGCGGCCCAGAGCCGACUGCAUUCGCUGCCCCAACAUUACCAGAGCGCCGGCACUGGAGUCAAUGGAACUGUCCCCUUGACACACAUCUAGUCCCAGAGACAGUGAUCGAGAGAACAGGCGGCCGAGCGCUAGAGUUAGAAAGCGAACGAGAGAAUCUGGCAAAGAAAAAAACUUAAGCUGCAACAAACACACAGCAAAACAACAAACUUGUACCUCUGCGAUGGGACUGUCGCUCCCCACCCCCCCACGCACACCUUUCUAGCCCUUGUCCCCUUCCUCCUCUAACCUCCUAAAACCCCUCUUACCUGCCCCUUCCUACCCCUGCCGCCACCAUCUGGACUUCCUUUUUGUACAGAAUGUUUUGAUGUUCUUGUAAAAAAAAAUCUCGAUAAUAUUAAUAAUGAGGAAAAGAAGGUAACAGUUGCUCUAUUUACCUUUUUAGAAGCUCCUGGGAACUAGUUGUUAAGACUAGUUUUGCGUUUUAGACUGAACUUCGGUGUUUUAUUGAGACUUUUUGUACAGUAUUUAUCAUUCACUGAGGAGGCAUAUAGCGUUUUAUUUGCUAAAGAGAAAAAAAACAGACAAAGAUAUAGGCGAUGCCAACUUUUAUAUAACCGCUGGAGCAUUAACUCAUCCUUGCAUCGCUUCCGUAUGGCGCUUUAUUGCCUAAGAUAGAGUGAUGGGGAACAGUUCUCAUUUGUUACAGUUGUAGUAAAGCAACUUCCGAACCACACGUUAAAGUUUUUUGUUUUUGUUUUUGUUUUUGUUUUUGUAGCUGUGAAGGCUUUUUUUUCCUGUUUAUUUAUAUAAAGAGACAUCUCCUCCCCCCCCCUUUUUUUCCGGACUGCGACGUUAUGUUCUGGGUUUUGUAAAACUUUCUGUAUCUGAGAUCUCCCCCCCUUUUUUUUGUUUUGUAUGAUUUCUUGUAAAUGCAUUGUGAUUUUUUUUUAAUUUAGGCGUUUCGGGAAGGGGGAGAUUCAGAUUGUGUACAUAGUUUAUUAAGAAGCCUUUCUGCUAAAAGAGGGAGAGAGAUAAAGAAAAACCUCAAAACCUCCCUUUCCCCUGGAUUUUGAGUUAAUAAAUUUUUAAGUGAAAAAUGUUUUUCUUCCCUAAAUUUGAAAUGUACUGAUUUUAAUCAUAUGUAUAAACACCCUGAAAAACAAUUGGUAAAUCUGGAGGGGGAAAGAGAGAGAAGUUAAUCAGGGUGAACCGAAAAUAACAGAAACCGCCCCCUUUCCCCACAGGAGCCUGAGGGGAGAUUUCUAAUAGUCGAUAUCAACUGUAAGGGGAGAAAGUGAAAGAUCAGAGGCAUAGGUUUUCAAAGGAGAUUAUUUUUAAUAUCUAUUAAGUGUUGUUAAGGAAGGCAAAAUAUUAAAAAAAAUAUUUCCAUAGUCUGGCCCAUUCGUUUGCUUGUUUUAUCUGUGGAAGGCAAUAUCCUGGUGUGAGUUUACUUGCUGUGAAGCUUUGCCGCCUUAAACUGGUCUAG